UUGUUUACUUCAGAAACUUAGACGUUGCAUUUAUUUAAUCAAAAUAUAACCCUCGAGAUCUCCUCCUCGAAAACAUUUCUUUCUAUGCCCUGCUGAGUGACGUAGCAGCGUCAUGACGCAGGAAUCGUUUUGAACCGGAUCUUUGGAACCGAUUCUUUAACAUGACCAGUUAAAAAAAGAACCAGUUCGCGCCACGGAAAAGAGUCGGAUUGCCGAACACUGAACGAGCGUAGUAACAGACGGACAGAUAUGGUGAAAAGGUGCGUUUUGGGUUGUUAUCCGCACAAAACCUUGUUCCCUUUCCCCAAGCUGCCGUGGUUGCGAGCCCGCUGGCUCGAGUUUUUGCAUUUUGAGGAGGGAGGAAUAUCGGAGAGCUCACGCUUGUGUGCGAAGCAUUUCGCUCCAGAAUGCUUCACAAAUUUACAGCAGUACGAAAUGGGCUUCGCCGAUUUUCUUAGCUUGAUAGAUAUGGCUGUUCCGACAAUAUACACCGUUGGCCCGGCGCCGAGUGUGAAGCCAAUAACUCGUGAGGUAGGCUGCCAAUGUAGUGCUCCCAUUCUGAAGAGCGUUGCGGUCCAAGCCGUACUCACCCAAAAAAAGCCAAAACGAAGAAGUAAAGCCAUUCAAGUGAGGCCUCUUUCGAGUCAUUGUGCUAGUGUGUCCUGCUCCGAUGAGGAUUUUCCAGUCAAAUCUGAAUCUUCAUUUACAUUAAUACCAAUUAAAAGGCCACGCAUGGAAGAUUCCCCUGAAGGGUCACCAUACAGCUCAGAAGAACCAACACAUAACAUCCACGUGCCUAAUGUAAUUAAAGAAGAUGACAUAAACAGCUACACAAACGCACGAUGGAACCAACUUCGAGUGACCCUGAACGUUCGUCUUGUCAGUGCGAUCAAUCUCAUGCAUAUGGUUAAAAGGGUAGCAAAAGUCAUUCUAAUGAUGUCCAGAGGCUUAUCUUAUGUCUACUGGAGCAUGGGUCCCCCACAAAUCAUAGGUUGAGUUAGUCUUCAUGCCCCUCACUUUCUGCUCCAUGUUCAGGUAAAUGAGCUGGGGUCAUGAGAAUGAGAGAGACCACAAGUCUAAAUUGAUUUGAAUUCACACUGGAAUACCAAGACGAUGCUUCUUUUUCUUAACAGGCUUGAGCCCUGUGAGUCUUCGUACAUCGUCGUCACCAUCUGAAUCUUCCAUUUCAUCAUCUGCAGAGAACAGAAUCUGACCAGCACAGGAGGAAGAAGGCAAAGAGAAAGUCGGUGUUCAACUAAUCAUCUUAAAACAAAACAAUGAUACUGAAAAUGUCACCCUAAUGGAAUGCACCUUGCAAACCUGAAUAAGUAGGUAAUAUUCUCCAUUUCAUUUUGACUGAGCUGCUCAUCCUUUUUCAAGUGAGAAAUAUGGACAAUAAUCACUUGGCUAAAACAUCUGACAAGUCAACAAGAAAGCGUGUGGAUUGGAAAUGCUACACUCGAAAUGACUGUACUCAAUGUCAAGUUCCCUCCUCAAAUGACAUGACUUGCCUUGUCUCAAAUCUAGCACUAGCACAGGAUAUAAAUGUAUUUAGGAGAUGUUAUUUGGUCAAACAUAAUAGAAAUACAAAAUUGUUAGUAGCAUGUUAGCAGACCAUACACUAAUGUGUUCUAUUCAUCAUAAACAAUGUCUUCCACUGAAAAAUAAGUAUGCCCAGAGUUCUUUUCUGGCUAUUUGGUUAAUCAGAACAGUCUGUGCAGCCCUUUCUUUAAGGCAUACCUGCUUUGUUAGAUUGUAAGAUCACUUAUCAUGGUUACUUCAGGUCUGAAGUGUCUGAAGUGUUGGGAUAGAUUAAAGAGCUGUCAUGAACGUAAUAGUCAUGCAGAUGUAUUAGGUGGGGGGGGAAAGAGGAUGUCUCAUCUAAGACUUGGGUUGAACAGAUGAUUUUGAAUUUAACACUAAGUCAAAUAAAAGGCCAAAAUAUGAAUUCUGCCAUUUAAAGAUGUUUAAGGAGCAGCAAGAGUGUCUUGUCAAAGCAAGUCUGUUUUAGACCUUGUUAAUGAUUUUGAUAAGCGUUUUAUACAUUCCUUAAACCAUUAAAUGUUAUUUAUGUCAUCAGUUACAUUUUAUUCUGUGGAGUAAACAAGCAAAUAAUUUAAUUUCUAAUAAAAAGUUAACAUUA